CCAUCACAUGAACAGCGGUGGUUGAACUCAGGUCAGUACUGCUUCUUUUUCUUGAAGAGACGACGGUGUAUAAAACUCUCUGAUGAUGAUUUGGGCGGCAAUCGUUCUUUCCGUGGUCAUCACAGUGGUGUCUACCCAAGACUGCCCAGCUAACAGUCACUGGGUGUACUGCGGCUCUGCCUGCCCUCAGACAUGUGACUCCAGCCCGUUCCAGAUCUGCGCGGCCGUGUGUCUGACCGGCUGCGAGUGUGACCGCGGGUACGUGUUGCAGAGUGGCGUCUGUAUUCCUCAGGACGACUGUCCGACGAAAGAAUGUCCUGCUAACAGCCACUGGUCCGACUGCGGCUCGGCCUGCCCUCAGACGUGUGAGGUCACGAGUCAGGUGUUCGCCUGUCUAGCCGUCUGUGUGCCCUCGUGUGUCUGUGACCGCGGCUUCGUGUCACACUACGGAGCCUGCAUCGAGCCGGACCAAUGUCCCGAAGGUAACCCCAUGUUGGUUGGACGUUAGACUGAGUGCCUACCUGUCCGGAUGGAGACCAUAGCUGGACCAUGGAGUGAAUAAAACCAAUGCAGUGGCC